AAGCUGAAUUUUGCAUAAAAUGCAGAAUAGGAAAUGCAACCCAAGUGGAAACAGAAGUGGCGUUAGGCGAAAAACAUUAAGAUACAUGUAACCAAAUCUGGUAACAUUAAGUUCUUAGUAUGGGCUCAUUUUCGUAGAAAAUAUUAAAUGAUGAGGCGUAUGAAUAAUUUGGUGACUCUUUUCACUGCCGCUAGUGCAUUUUUUUUUGGAAGCUUCAUCACAAAGAUACUCAGUACAGUGGACAAAUGCCCAACACAUCGAAGUGGAGUUGGAGCCCAGCUCGAGCAUCAUCCUGAUUUGUUUCUUAUCGUUCUGGUGCUAAGUAGCCCGCGAAAUGUGGACCACAGAAACACGAUGCGGAGUACCUGGCUCCGAUAUGUCGAGCAGCCUCUCGCCCUACCAUAUUUCCCAGAAGAACAGAUAUAUCUUCCCACCUAUUAUGCCAAUGGUCACCUAAUGGCGGAACGUGUUGAGUCGCAGAGGAAAAGACUACGACAGUAUAUUAACUGGCAAGGCAGCAUUUCAACAAGGAGUUCAAGAAAAACGCAGCGCGGGAUAAGGGUCAAACAUUUCUUUGCCAUUGGAACUGGCCAGAUGAGCAGGGACCUGCACGCGGAACUUCAGAAUGAACAUAUGCAGCACAACGACCUCUUACUACUCCAAAAGCACCCAGAGACAUACCAUAAUCUCACAGAGAAGCUACUUCAAUCUCUAGAUACAUUGACACAGCGCUACGAAUUUUCCUAUCUAAUCAAGGUGGAUGACGACACUUACGUUAAGCUGGAUAGUUUACUGAACGAGCUGGUCUCCUAUGACCGCAAGCUCCUGCGCAAUGCAGUUGAGUAUGGUAACGAUCCCCUGCCUCAACUCUAUUGGGGCUACUUUAGUGGUAGGUCAAAAAUCAAAACGAAAGGUCGCUGGAAGGAAUCGAAUUAUUAUCUAAGCAAAAACUAUCUGCCAUAUGCCCUAGGUGGUGGAUAUGUUUUAUCCCGAAAACUGUGUGAAUAUAUAGCAAAUAGUUCGCAUAUGCUUUCCCCCUACGCCUCUGAGGACGUUUCAGUCGGAACGUGGCUAGCUCCGUUCCGUCACAUAUAUCGAUGGCACGAUCCUAGAUUCGAUACCGCCUACAUAUCCCGCAAAUGCAAACCAUAUCACUUGGUUUUGCAUAAAUGCAGUCAGGAAAGGAUGAAGAAAAUUAACGACGGAAAACUAUGCAGUACAGACACUAGUCCGAGCUCCUUGCCCGAAUAUUACUACGACUGGAUGAAAGUAGCUGAUCAAUGUUGCGACAACUUAGUGGAAUAGCCAGGAUACUAAUGCUUAAUAGAAAUUAUUUUAGCUUGUCUGACCUGUGUU